CAUUCGUUCGAGCAAAGCUAAGCGCCACGAGCGUCUCCUCCUAAGCCAAAGCCAAAACCGAAAAAAUCCGCUAGAUCGGCUCAAUCGUACGGUGCAGCGAUCAGUUUUCCGUCUGAGGUCGACCUGUGAGCAUGCGCGUUUAGCACCCCCGAAAUUUUCCUAUGUGAUCUGUUCGGUGUCCGUUGAUACUUUCGCGAAAAAGUGCCCCUUGGUGACUGUGAAUUGUAACGUUUUCUCUAACUCAACAAAUAUUCAAAGUGAAAUAAAAGUGUGGGAAAACCAUUCCGAAAGUGACCGAAAACCGAAAGGAUACAGUGAAAAAUUAGGUAGAAAUUUGCCGUUUCCGUGUCGAUCUGACGAAAUCAAACCCAUCAACUAAGUGCAGAACCAGAGGGAUUAGCGCGAUAGGAAGUACCCAACAGUAUCAGCAAUCAGAGAGGGAAAAAAGUAACGUUUCUUCGGCCAGACCAGCUCGAAUCAAUUCUGUGUGUUUGUGUAUGUGUUUGCAAGUGUGGGCCACGGUCUCGGUUGUGCAGCUCAUGUGUUGCAGUGUUCUAUGCUAAUUGGAAUUCCUGCUUAACAUAGGAAAACGUUGUUCGAUACAAGCCAUUAGGAAAGAGGAGCUCGGCAUUUCCUCGCCUUGUUUAAUUCCCCGUUGCGCAAAAUAAAAAGUGAACAGGAAAACAAUAGAGUGUAAAGAAUCCCAGAUCCCAUCGACCGCCUACUACUAGCAGCCACGGAGCUCGGAUUGGCAGCCAGGCAGCGGAGCGGAGUUAAGAAAGCAUAUUUCUUCUUCUUCGAGAGCAGCAAUCUAGGAAUUAAAAAAACGCAGUUCGGAGCAGCGCGGCUCAAAAUGAUCUAACCGAGCGUUCCAAAAAAACUCCUACAACUACCUAUCGAAUCUUUUAUUUUAGAAGGCAUAUUUUUAAAAUAAAAGAUCAUUUAUUCUCUGUCUCUCUCUCUCGCUGUACCUCGAACUGACGCAACUCUGUCCGCGCUUUCCCCUUUCUUUCAUUUCCCACCGGCGCUAAGCCGCAACGGAAACGCAAAUAAAGACAAUUGUUGUAAGUACCCCGUGCGCGACGGUGACAACUUCAAUUCCUCCCCUCUGGCGAUCGACGGAUGAUCACGAGAAUGCGGUUACCAACGGCAGUGAUAGUGCUGCUGCUGCUGCUUUGCCUGCAGUUCGGUGACAGUUUGGUGAGUUCGCACGGUGACGAUGCGAUAGACACCCAGGACGAUCGGGAGCUGAAAACUAACGACGAUGGGUACGAUUUCCUGUCGAUCGAUCAGCUGUUCAUGAAUAACCCUCAGUACGCCAAACUUCUGAGUGAUCUACAGUCGCAAACGUUCGGUAAAAACUGGCGACGGAAGCGGGAUACCGAAGAUGUGCCGUCCGACGAAAGUCCCGUUGAGCAACCUGUGGAGGAAACGAAUGCCACAACUCCGGAACAGGCGGAAAUUAUCGAAGUGACGAAAAAGGUGGAAGAACCGAAACAACCCGAAGAAGUAGUUAAAGAUUUUCCGGAUGCGGAAGGACGCACGACCCCGCUGCGAACGGUUAGUGUGUCAUCCACAACCGCAGCCAGUUCGUUUGGAUUUUCCGGUUCAACGGAAGCCGAACGUGUCCGAACGGAUGAACCCACGACCAGCGCAUCUCCGAUUCGGAGCAGCACUCCUCGGCGACUACUGCACAAGGGCAGCAACAAAAACAAAAACAAGGGAGCCAACAAACCGGGAUCGCACAGUACAAGCGGCGGCGGCGGUCCCAAUAGCAGCAAUAACAACAUCCACAAAACUCAGGAUUCCGGUAGUUUAACCGCCACCAAUGUGAACAAAUUUACCGUGACUAACACGCCGGCUUCAACGUCGCCGGUGUCCUCGUCGUCACCGGUCGCUGCGCCCUACACCAGUUCUAGCCUCGCCAGCAGUACCAGCAACAUGGCAGCCGCGGCCGCGUCCGUUGCGAACGUGACCACACCAGGAAGCAACAGCAGUAAAGAUAAGUGCGUGGGAGGAUGCGUCAACGCGGAUUGGAUGGACUCCGAUCAACGCAAGGAUGUCGUACGCUGGCCACACAAUGGGAGACCCAACGAUGAGAAGGAAGCGUUCUACGCGAAGCUGGAGGAGGUGUACGACGGCUGUUCGCAACGGGACGUGAAAAUCGUCAUCGGUGAUAUGAACGUCCAGGUAGGACGGGAGGUAAUGUUUAGACCGGUAAUCGGGCCAAACAGUGUGCACACUGUAUCGAAUGACAACGGCCAACGAUGCGUGAACUUCGCAGCCUCCCGUUUCAUGCUAGUCCGAAGUACCUUCUUCCCCCGCAAAGAUAUCCAUAAAGCCACCUGGAGAUCACCUGACCAACGCACCGAAAACCAAAUCGAUCAUGUUCUAAACAACGGGCGAUUCUUCUCUGAUAUCACCAACGUUCGUACCUACCGCAGUGCGAAUAUAGAUUCGGACCAUUACCUAGUUGCAGUAUGCAUGCGCUCAAAACUCUCGACGGUGCACAACACUCGCCGUAGUCGGACGCCAAGGUCCAACAUCGCACAACUUCGGAACGCCGGGAUUGCCCAAAACUACGCACAGCAGCUGAAAGCAGCACUACUCACGGAAGAACAGCUGGGCGCGGCAACUCUUGAAGAUGGCUGGAGGAAGAGCCAUUCCGCCAUAGGAAGUACUGCUAUAGCGGCACUAGGUACAGCGAUUCCGAAUUGA